AUGCCUUUUAAAAAAAUUUGGAUUUUGGAGAUAUUUUUUUUUAAUAGAAUAGGAAAAUCUUUGCGUGAUGCAUUUAUUGAAAAGAAUUAUGAAGAAAAAUUAAUUGAAACUUUUUUUUUCUUUCUUGAUUUUUUUUUACACAGUUCAUUUAUUGUUAUUUCAUUAUAUACAUUGUUUGUUGUUGAGUGCGAUAUGCUUUUUCUUGCAGAAUUAAUUCCUCCAUUAUUCGGUGUGUCAAUAAUAGUAGUCAAGAGCGCAGCAUUGUGGCUUCAUAGACGCGAUUUAUUCACAGUUUUACGCGAUUUUUAUACACUAUGGAACUACAAUAAAACAAAAACAGACUUACUCAAUAAAAUUAAUAAGCUACUAGUAACUUCUAAAAAAUUUCGUUAUUAUUAUAUGUCCACAAUCAUAAUGAGCACCGCGGCGUAUGCAUUGCGGCCUAUAAUCAUAGUCUCUACGUACUGGGCAAGCUUAUCAGAACAAUUAAAUAGUACAUUUGACUUUCCAAUAAUUGUUUAUCCACUGCAGUAUCCUUUUGAGUAUCAAACAAUCGCUCGGUACUCGUUACUGAUAUUGUAUGAAGAGUUGGUAAAUUACUCAGCUGCCUGUUGUUUGAUAUGUGAUGCUCUCUACAUCCAAUUAAUGACACAUAUCUCUAUUAAUUUUCUGGUUUUGGCUGAUGAUUUUAAAAAUGCAAGUCAAUGUAUCGAUAAUGAUGACAAUGAUAACAAACAGAUUAAAAAUAUGGUUAAAUUGAUUAAUAAACAUCGUCAUAUGUUAGUAAUAUGUAAAAAAGUUGAAUCUAUAUAUAAUCCUAUUGUGUUCUUUACGAUAAUAAUAAACGGACUGGAUCUAUGUUUCUGUGUCAUUGUUUUAGAUAAGGGAUUUUCAGACGGAAAUUGGGCUUUAGUAGCAAAGGGUUCCACCCUCACAGUCGCUAUUUUUGUACAGUUACUUAUAUACUGUAAUUUCUCACAUACAGCAUCAGAAAUGACUGCAAGUAUUGAAAACUCUAUUUAUGAUUCCGAGUGGGUCAAUAGUAGUGAGAAAUUUAAAAAAAUGAUUUUGAUGAUAAUGCAUGCAAGCAAAGGAUAUACGUUUACAGCGUACGGUGUUUUUGAUCUAAAUCGUGAGCAGUUAUCGGCGGUUAUCCAGACAACAAUGAGCUACUUCACACUUUUGAGAAGUUUCACAUAA